AUUUAUUAUUGUACAAAGAAAUUAUUUUCUUUUUUUUAAGAAACAAAUAGGAACACUUAAUAAUUAUUAUUUGUCAUAAUUUAAUAUGGAGCCAGAAGAUGAUUUUGAGGAAGAGAGCGGUUCCGAAAAUGAUUUUACCGAGGAAGAAACAAGUGUAGAGUAUGAAAGUCAACAUAGUAAUGGAAAAAAGCGUAGCCAUGAAGAUAUGAGCUUGGAUAAAGUAAGUCGCUCGCCUCAAAAACGAAAAAAGGAGGAAAAACCCCCAUCAGUUCAAGAAAUCCGUAAUUGGAAAGAGACAGAAAAUUUAUACAGCAAUAGUCUUUUUCGUUUGCAAAUAGAAGAAUUAGUUUCAGAGAUAAAAAUAAAAAAUAAGAGACAUAAAAACAUUACAUCUUGGCUUAAGUCCUUUCAGUCCACAUUAGAACAGCUUCCUGAUUAUACUAUAUUACUGUCGAACAUUAAAAUGAUGAAGAGAAGAAAAAUAUCUGAUGAAGAAAAAUUGUUAAACAAAUUAUCUGGAUAUCAUCAAUUCUUUAAAUGUGAUCAGGAUGUAACGUUAAAAUUUACAAAACCAGAAUCAUUUGAAAAAUUUGGUUUAUACGAAAACAACUCUUUACCAGGACCCGACUUAUUAUUGAAUAUAAAUUUAGUUAUGCCUAAAGACUGUUUCAUCGUAAAAGACUUUUUAAACAAUCGUUAUUUCUGUAAACGUUAUUACUACUUGCUGUAUGUUGCGGAAAAUUUGAAGUCGCAUAAUAUCGCAACAAACGUUACAAUAGAUUUCCAUGAAUUAAACUCGUUGCUACCAGUGUUAAAGGUUGAACCUACAGAUUGUGAUAAAACAAUUGUAACUAUCUAUGCAUCUCCUUCAGAAGACACUUUUAAAAUGAUCAGGUUUCUUCCUGAAACGAAUAAUAUAAAACAAGAUGUUUUUAAUACAAAUUUAGAUAGCGAAGUGUUGCGAAAUAGUCCUACUAGCCUUUACAACAGUGCUUUAGCUCAUGAUGUAACAUUAUCAGCUAAUAAUAAAUUCAUACAGCAAACUCUAGCAGAUCAAAACAACGUUCAAGAAGCUGUAAAACUUUUAUGCAUCUGGUUACGUCAAAGAGAGUUUAAUGUUGGUAUAGGAUCGUUUACAGAAGAUUUAAUAUUGUAUUUUAUUACUUACCUGUUUUCAAAAAAUAAAAUCAACAAAUACAUGAGCUCCUAUCAAGUCGUAAGAAAUCUUUGGAACUUUAUUGGUACGUCUGACUUGGAGAACAACCCUAUAAGUAUUUCAGAUCUAUCAAAAAAUGUAUUGGAUGUUUUUAAGAAACACUUUCAAGUUGUGUGUCUUGAUGUAACGGGUUAUUAUAACGUAGCUGCAUUUCUGAACAUGGACAUAUAUAAAAAGAUAAAAUUGGAAUGUCAGUGGGCGAUAAAAUGUUUAAACGAUAAUAGAAGCAAUUCAUUUCAACUACUAUUUCUUAGAAAACUUCCAUUUUACUUACAGUACGAUCUUGUGAUAGAUCUGAGUGAAUCUCUGCCUUUAAACGACAAAUACGAUAUAAAAGAUGCAGAUAAAGUAAAGUAUAUCGGAUACAAACAUUUGUUAAUCGUCGACUAUAUAUCGAGGAUUUUUCAGAGAGCCCUAAGUAAAAGAGUCUUACAUUUUGUACCUAGAUUAGAAGUAGAUGGCGAGAACAUGUUGAACAGAUUUUUGUUUGGCGUAAACUUGAAUCCGGAAGAAGCCUUUAGUUUUAUGGAGGUGGGGCCCGCAUUAAACGAUCAUGUCGCAGCUGCCGAUUUUAGGAAAUUUUGGGGGCACCUGUCUAGUGACAGGAGGUUUCGCGACGGUAGUACAAACGUAGCCGUUUAUUUUAGGACAAACACUGUGAAGGGCAAAAGGAACAUUAUUAAGAAAAUUUUGAAUUUUGUUACUACGGAAAAACUUAAUUUAAAGAACAAAGUGUAUUAUGAUGAAUUUGAUGAGGUAUUAAUCAGUAAAAAAUUGGUUCCAUCGUAUCCGUCAGGGACAAACGAAGAGACUUGUUUGAGGAUAAUUCAAGCAUCGGAUGAAUUGGGAAAAAGACUACGAGCAUUGCAGAUGUCUUUAAAAAUCACUGGAAUUCAAGGAGUUUCUGACGUUUACAACUUUACAGAAUUGUUUCCCCCUAUACCUGCCAAUUAUGAGGUACGCCACUCUUUAACUACAAUUCGAAACAACAAUAUAGUAUUUUUAGAAAAAAAUCCCGAAUGUGUACCACGUUUUGUGCAACCUGUAAAAUGUGUUCUUCUCUUAGAACACAGCUCAAAGUGGCCUAACAAUUUACAAGCUCUGCGCCACAUCAAAACCUCUUUUUACCUAGAAAUUUCAAAAAACCUACAAACUACUCAUAAUAUAUUGUCGCAUGUUACGUCUGACUUUAUAGAUAUCUACUUCGAAGGAAUUGUUUUAAGAUAUUCUCUUUAUAUACCAAAAGAAGUGGCUCUGAUUAAAAAAGAAAUCACAGAAACCGGUCUAACUUGCUAUACCGAGUCACAGGAUAGUUUAAAAAUGGAAAAUAAUUUAAACGUGCUGCCGAAAGUCGUAGGCGCUUUAAAAGGAGUACAAUCCAUGUAUCCGAGUUAUGGACCGGGAACGGCACUUAUAAAAAGGUGGUUGAGGUCACAACUGAUCGACAGUUUUUAUUUCCCAGACAUCGUAAUAAAUCUAUUAAAUGCUUCUUUAUAUUUAAAUGACGCUUUUCCGCAAUCGAACACACCCCAGAUAUCGUUUCUCAGGUUUUUAAAGUUCUUCGUCGAGUUCGACUGGAAUCUGCAAAUAGUACUAGUAAAUUUUAACGACGAUUUAUCUAAAGAAGACCUCACGGAACUAGAAGCUAAAAUCCAGGAGAAUCGUGAACAAUUCCCUCCGUUAUAUAUUGUUACGCCUUUCGAUCGAGGUCUCUCGGUAUUCACUCAACACACCCCAUCAAAAGAAAUAUUGUACAGGGUGAAGGAGCUGGCCAAAGUAAGUAUAGAAUUCGUCCACAAAAUUAUUAUGGAACGGAACUACGUGGGGAUAAAAGAACUGUUCAUUCCAAAUUUCAACGGUUAUAACGUUUUAAUACACCUAAAAUCUGCGAUAAACUCUCGUAGGCUUGAACAAAUUGUGUUUGCGAACGUAGAAAACAGAACUAUAGUGGAAAAAUAUAAACAGAGUGAUGCUGACAAAUUGCCAAUUGUCGACUUCAGUCCAGUGGAAAAGUAUUUAUCAACGCUUAGAGAGAAUUAUGGCAAAUACGCGAUGUUCUUCCAUGAUAGUUAUGGCGGGAAUACCAUAGGAGUGUUGUGGAAUCCGAAAGUGUUUGAAAAGGUUGAUUUCAAAGUCUCUCGAGUAAAUGCAGGUAUGGCAGAAGAUGAUAAAAUUACUUUUAAUUUAGAGGCGGUUAUAGAGGACUUUUAUAUUUUAGGAAACGGUUUGAUUAAAAUGAUCGAUAAAAGAUAAUUUUAUACAAAUAUAUGUUUUUGUGGUUAAUA